CGUGGCGCUCGCUGCAGUAACUGCCAAUCUGUCAGUGGUGCGGCAGGCAGCAGAGAAAUAACAUCUCACUGCCCAUCUUGCAUCACUGCUGUUCUUGCCCUACAUCAGGGCCAUGGAGGCUGCUCUUGACAGAGCUGCAGGUGAGCAGAGAUGGUUACGUCAUUCCCCACUGCCCGCAUGUGGAAGUUUGCCCGCUCGGAGGGGAGGCUGCCAGAAGUAAUGUAAGUAGUGACACGCUGCAUCUGAGUGGCAGGUGAAGGUGUGAUGUAAAGAAUUUCGGCCUGAAAGGCGGCCAAACAAAUUAAAUUGGUUGACCCCUAGUUAUCAGUGCUUGGUUUAAAAGCUGGCAUGUCUGAUGGUAUGGGAGGGGGUGCAUUACUGUGUAUGAAAUGGGCAGCUUGCACAUCUGUAAAGACUCCAUCAAUGCUGACGGAUAUAUAACCAGGUUUUAGACCAGUAUAUGCUCCCAUCCACAUAACCUCCUUUUCUGGAAGGCCUUGCAUAUUUCAGCAGGACAAUGCUACACCGCAUACUGAAUCUAUGACAACAGCAUGGCUUCGUAGUAGUAGAGCCUGGAUGCUUAACUGGCCUGCCUGCAGUCCAGAUCUUUCACCAACUGAAAAUAUUUAUCUCAUCUUAAAACGGCAUAGGACGGAUGACCCAGGACUGUUGGGCAGUCAGAAUUGUAUAUGCGGCAAGGAUUAGGCAACAUUCCUCUCACAAAACCCCAGCAACUAGUCUCCUUGGUUCCCAUACACUUCGAGUGGUGUUAAAAGGAGAGGGGAUGCUAAACAUGACCCUGUGCCAACUUUUUUUGAAACUUGUUGCUGCCAUCAAUUUAAAAAAAAAAAAAAGAUUUUCUUUAAUCGGGUCAUUUUCUAUUAAACAGAUUAUAUAUUUUACAACAAAAUUUGGACAGAAAAAUCACUUCCAUAGAAUAAGUGGAAGCAAGAGAACGACGUACAAAAUAAGAGAAUACAGAGUUUAUAUCGUACGACUUAAAGAUCCUGCCCUUAUCAGCUUUGUGUUGUUCUUGGAAAAUUGCGCACCAGUUGUGAAUACCUUGAACUUUGGCAUUUCUAGCCCCGUCCUGUUGAACCAUCCUCAUUUACAGCUUGUCCACCUUAAGACUCAGUUGGCUCUCCAGCAGUUGACGUCGGUCACUUCAAACAGUACACCUCCUAUUCAUGCUUUGUUAAAUCAAGCUUUGUUAAAAAUCAGCACAGCUCAAGCCAUGUUUAACACAAGAGGUGGAUUCCCUGGUCAAAGACCAAUGGGACCUCCACGGAUGAACCAGCCUGGCCUGAAUCCCCUUGGAAUGAAUAUGUCGGGUAUGAAUAUGUCUGGCAUGAACAUGAGUGCCAUGGGAUUGUCUAGUAUGAGCCAGCCAAGCAUGACCCUUUCAGGCAUGAGCCAGCCAAGCAUGACCCUUUCAGGCAUGAGCCAGCCAAGCAUGAACCUUUCAGGCAUGAACCUUUCAGGAAUGAACCAGCCAAACAUGAACACUGGCAUGCCCCGCAUGGGCCAUCCCGUAAUAAACCCAAAUCUAGGUCUCUCCAAUGUGAAUCCAUCUGGGAUGAAUCAAUCUGGGAUGAAUCAGUCUGGAAUGAAUGUGUUUAGAAUGGGCCCUUCUGGCAUGAAUCAAGGAGGAAUGGGUUUUCAAUCUGAAAUAAAAAACCAAGGGUUUGGUGUGAGGUCAAUGGACAGUCCUGGGUCAUUUCUUGGAGGAAACAAUGAGUCGAUGGGAAUGACAGGCUUGCCACUCAGAACACCUGAAAGACACAUGGGUCCUCAGGGUUUGCCACAACGUUUUCCUACUUCCAGCAGCCCCAUGACUCCAGCACAACCCAGAAAUAACAUGCAGAGUCAAGAAAUACCAUCUAUCGUGAAUCGUAGGGUGGUUCAUUCUUCCAAUAAUUCGAGGGGGAAUCCAAAAACCUCCAUACCAGAAGCAUCUCAUCUAAUGGAGAAGAAACCAAUAAACCCCCUAAGUAUGUUUGGAAAUUUAAAUCAGAAUAUGGGAAUAAAAUCAGGCCCAUCUUCAUCAUUGGCCGGGAUGCCAAACGUCCAGAAUCGCUAUACUAAUGAGAGUGCUUCAAGUAUACUGGAAAGCUUUGGGUUAUCAAAUGAAGACCUAGAGGAGCUCAGUCGUUAUCCUGAUGAACAGUUGACGCCCGUAAACUUGCCCAACAUUUUGCGAGACAUCAGACUGCGCAAAAUCAACCGUACCGGAGGCACGCAUGAUCAAGGUGGAGGAGGAGGAGGAAGACGCUCAGGAGGUGAUGUUUUACCAAGUAAAGUUAUUGACUAUGGACAUUCAAGCAAAUUUCAGUUUAAUGACAAUUCCACACCUUCACGACCUUUUGACUCUUCAAGAUCAGAACAGAAACCGUCACCAGUCUCCAAGGAACCAGGACCUUCCAACGCUAACAAGGGGGGGAAAGGCAAAAACCCAAUGGAUAAUAAAAUCCCAACUAUAGCCAACAGCCGCAAGGGAGCAUGGCAGACUCCCAAGAAUGACCGAUUCAACAAAAACAAGCCUUUGGUUGGUGAUCAGACAACUGCUAAAGCCAGUGGGGGCUCAGUCACCGUCUCGAAUGCAGAGAGUCCUGCAAACGCAGUCAAGACUGUUUCUACCACUCUUCGCAAUGUUCCUGUUAUCUCGGACACUGCCGCUACCACCACCUUUUCAGGAAAGACUGCAGAGUCUCCAGUUGGGACUGUGGUUAGCCAGGGUAACUAUGCGUCACCUGCUGAAGCAAAUCCUACUGCCGGGAAAGGGAGCUUGGCGCCACCCUUGUCUCAAGAGGAAGCCCAGAAGAUGAAGCGCAUGCCAACUCCUUCCAUGAUGAACGAUUAUUUUGCUGCCUCUCCACGGAUUUUUCCGCAUAUCUGUUCUCUGUGUAACCUAGAAUGUAGACACUUAAAGGACUGGAUUAAACACCAGAAUAACGCAAGCCACAUUGAAAGCUGUCGGAAGUUGCGUCAACAGUACCCAGAUUGGAAUCCCCAGGUCCACACUUUAAACAGGAAUGAAGGCAAGCAAAAUGAGGCCGCACCAAAGGUAUCGCGAUCCAAGAGUGGAAGUCCUCGUAGAGCUAAGCGGUCUGGAUCGAGAUCAAGGGUUAACAGGUCACGCUCCCGCAGCCCAAGAUCUGCGAAGUUAUCCAGGAGUCGAAGCCCGCGCCGUGUUCGACGCAGCCCAAGAAGGUCCCCUGGCCCUAGGCCUUCACGGCGUUCACCAUCACCAAGGAGACCUAGAAGAGGCACUCCACCUGACAAGAGAGCUGUGGAUGCUGCUGUGCAGAGCUUUAUUGAAGCGGAAAGACGGCAAGACAAAGGUGGAGAGAAGCCAAAGGCUGCUGGUGAUGUAAAGAAAUUGCCACCAAAGCCAGCGAACACAAAUGUAAAAGGCAAGAAACCAUUCGGCGGCGGUCCUUCAGCAAACCGUUCUGGCAGCACACCAAGGAAAAACAGUAAUUCAAGCUCCAGCAGCUAUUCAAAGAAGCCUAGUAGCGUCAGCUCUGUUAAGUCCAACAAUAGUAGUGGCAGUGCCUCACGGAAACCUAGCAAUGCUCCCAAGAAGCCAUUGCCCAGCUCAUCAGGCCCCAAGAAACCUGUUGUAAGCACAGGAGCUAAAAAGACAACUGGAUCUGUAGCCAGCAAGAAACCGCAAGCAAACAAGACGUCUAACUCACCGAAAGCUGCAGAACCUUUCAACCCACUGAAUAAGUUUACCAGUGGCUCCGAAAAGAUCAUUCAUGUUACCAAUCUACCGGAUAGUGGCUACACAGAUCAAGAUAUCCUGAAAAUUGUCCAGCCAUUUGGAAAAGUCGGUGAUAUCCUCAUUAUUCGAUCCAAAAAUGAGGCUUUCUUGGAAACCAACUUCAAGGAGGCAGCAGCAGCUGCUGUUAAAUUCAGCGAAACAGUGCCAGUAAUGAUAAACGGCAAACGAUUGGUCCUGUCUCUGGCCGGACGGAAAAAAGCCCCCCAGGUACAAGUUAAGGCAGAUACUAAAGCUACCGGUGACGCAGAGUCUAAGAAACCCCCACCUCAGAAAGCUGCACCUGCAAAGGAGCAAAAAGAUGAAAACACACGCAAAGAGGAAAAAGAGACGAUGGAGAAAAAGCCAGAGACAGUAAAGCAUAAUAUUGAGGUUCCCCCUGGCUUCGUCAAAUGUCACCGCCUCGUUGAUCCCCUACUGAAGGAAGCUGAGAAAUGCGUUGUUGUUGUAUCGAAUUUGCCUGAGAAACAAUACACUGUGGAGGAAAUAUCCAACCUGGCCAAGCCGUUUGGUGGUGUGAACGACAUCCUUGUCAUCCCUAAUUAUCGAAAGGCUUAUUUGGAGUUGACCAGUAGAAACUCUUUAGAUUCAAUGCUCAAGUUUUACAGUGUGUUCCCAACCUGCCUUGCUGGAAAUACACUGAACAUCGCCAUGGCUCCGGCAUUCAAGGAUUUAAAGGAUGAGAAUCGAAUCUUUGCUGAGAUCAUUGAACAAGCUUCAUGCAAGAUCACGCCAAGCAUCUAUGAAAGGUUUGUGCAUCUCUCAAAUCUGCCUGAAGGGGAAAUAGAAGAGUUUGAGCUAACUCGUAUCGGGCUUCGGUUUGGAAAAGUGGAGCAUUAUAUAGUGAUCAGCAAUAGGAGAAAAGCAAUCCUUCACAUGACCAGUUUUAGUGCUGCCAAGAGUAUGCAUGCUGUCCUGUCCCGGUUUCCAGGCCGUAUUGAGGACACUGUACUUAAAUGCUCUCUGGUUUUCAAGGCCAAGCUACCCGAGAAUGAAUAUGAGACUUACUUGGAGGAGAAGAAAAGCUCCGAGCCUGAUCAAAACAUAUGUGAAGAAGUGGCCCCAAAUCUUGAUGAAGAGAUGCAGCUGGAAGAGCAGCAGCAGCCUGUGUCUGACGCCGACAUUGCUGAGGCAGAUGUGGAAGCUGCAGGUGUGUUUACCAACGAAGAAGCGGAGGAAGUAGAGGACGACGAUGACUAUGAGGAGGCUGCGGAGGCACCCGAAGCACCAGAGGCGCCAGCUUCCUUUAUCCAGCCACAGCCUGUAGAAGAGCAGCCUAUAUGUAGUUCGAUUGCUCAGCCAUAUGUCACGGAAGAGUCCGACGUUCUGGUGUCUGUGGAAUCUGAUGAGGAAGAGUGUGAAGAACAGUGUCCUGAAAUACCAGUGAUUGACAGUGUCAGUAUGGAACACAUGCUAACAGCAGAAGACUCGGAAGAGUCUGAUGGCAAUGAUAUGGAGACAUCUACCAAGGAAAUGUCAGGUGACUGCCCAAAACCUGUAGAAGAAGCCUCAGCUGUAGAUGACCAAAAUAUCUUUGCACUAGAUGAUUGGAUAAGUGUUGAAGUAUCUCAAGUUCCAGAGACGGUUCCUGAACCCACAAACAAGGAGUCUGAGGGUUCCACUGCGGUCAUCGGCUCUCUCGGUAAAGAGGAGACUUCUUCAGUCAAAGCUGAGGAGAGCAGCGAUAAGGAAGCCAAACCUGAAUCUGGUCGUAGUCCAAGGGAUGCGAGGAGUAAAGAAAAUGGCCAAUCUAAUGAGGAUAAGUCUAAGCAGAAGAGAGAAAGGAGCAAGCAGUCGUCUCAUGGAAAAAACGGUGAUGAGGCAGCCGGAGAAGACGCUGAAGAGCCCCAAGACUCAGAACAAGCAGCCAUGGCAACUAAAGUACCUGCGACCAGGACUGCGAAAUUUAAUCCUCAAAAGGGGGAACUGUCUGUAACACUCACAGUGGAUGGUCAGAAGUCAUCUUCAAAGACUCCGGAACCCAGAAAGAAGUAUUCUGGAGACAGGGGAUCUUCAGGAAGAGAGAGCAGCACCCCAAAAUCGAGUAGUAAUCGAUCCAGUCCAUCAGAGAGCGUAUCCAGUAACCCAAAAACUGCCACUGCGUCACACCAGACAAGGAGCGGUCACAGAGGUGUCGGCACUCAGGACAGAGACUCAAAAGUCCCCUCCAGAGCACGAGACGUCGACGUCAGGUCAAACAGGAAGGACGACCGAUCAAAGGAUAGCCCGGUUUGCUUUGAAUCUGUUGGUGAUGGCAUAGGGGAGUCUAAUCAAAGUACAGGUGACACGUCCAUCUCUCAGAGUUUAAUAAAGAAUUCAUCAUCGGGAAGGUGGGUACGGAACUCCGCUCGAAAGAAUCGAGGACAGAAAUCAAAUGAGGAAGGAGAAGAACCUUUCCCAUUCAAUCUUGAUGAGUUUGUUACAGUGGAUGAGAUUGUAGAAGACAAUCCAGAAAAGCCGAAAGGGGAUGAGGAAAAGUCUGAAACUGGUGCCACCAAGAGAGGAGAAAAGAGAAAGGAAAAUCAUCCCCCAUCUUCAGACACAAAGAAACCCAAGGAGGCAAGCGGAGAGGCCCAGGAGCUUUCUUUUGUCACUUUGGAUGAGGUUGGCGAUGAGGAGGAUAACGCAGCUACUUCAGAAGGUGCCCAGGAUGAGGUAGCCCAAUCCCUAGUGACAGUAGACGAAGUCCACGCUGAAGACAAAGUACAGGCAGUAGACAAAGUCAAGGCAGGCAACGGCCCCCCUUCUAGAACACAGGAGUCGAGCGUGUUGAUGACAUUAGAUGAAGUUAGUGAUGAUGAGGAGCCAAAUGGUCCCGCCAUGCCGGGCGGCUCUUCCACCAUCCUAGACAAAGACCAGCUUCUGACGCUCGAUGAGGUCAGCGGCGAAGAUGAAGAACAGACUUCACAUUCUGAGCCAUCCAUCCACAAGACUGAGAACAAAGGGGAGAAGAAGAGUGCGAACCCCAAAACAAAGGAGAAUCCAGAUGUCCGUCCCCAAGAGCCAGACCGAGAGAGCCAUGCAGAGCAGCCUAUGCUCACACUGGAUGAGGUGGUGGCAGACGACGACGACGACGAGGAGGAGGAUUCCAUAGGUGAUAUAGAACACCAAUUCUUAACGGUUGAUGAAGUUGGUGAAGAAGAGGAAGAUUCAGAGGUUAAAGAGGAUGUAGCAGAGUCCAAGCCCCAAUCAAGUAGAACAAGUUCAAGAACAAGUCCGAAAGUAUCACAACCAGAAUCCAAAACGCCAGCUGGGCGUAGAGGCAGGCCCAGAAAACGUCCUUUAUCUGAAUCCGCCGAGGACGCCAAGGACACAUCACUGCAGAGUUCUGUUGAUUCCAGUAUGGGCAGUGAGUCUGAUAAGACCCCUACUAAGACUAAACCGAAGACGGCUACUAAAGGCGCUGACCAUGGCAAAGCAGGGGGCAACCCUACUGCCACCCCAGAAAAGCCUUCAGCUGGUGCACCCAAAGCUUCUGAAACUCCAGCAAAGAAAACAAAACUGGAAUCUCCUUCCCCAGGGAAGACCAAAUUGGGCCCAUUUAAUGCUACGGUGCCAGUGGGCCUAGAGUUUCUUAUUCCUAAGACUGGAUAUUUCUGUGAGCUGUGUUCACUCUUUUACAUGGAUGAGGCAUCGAAGCUGAAACACUGCAAGAGUCUGCGCCAUUACCAGACAGUGCAGAAACACUUGGCCAAGGAUGAGACUACGACGACAAAAGGGAAAUCUCCCAGCUCAUGAGAUCACUGAACCUCACUAACAACUAUACAAGCUCCGGGAUGUGAAGUAGAACUAUAGGGAUCAUUGUGUAAAUUUCUUUUCCAUUUCUCACAGGUUCACUUAUUUAAACAGAUGUUUAUGUUGUCCACUCUGUAGACUGGUAUAAAUGUAAUAGUAAUUUUUCAAGAAAUCUUUAUUGCUAGUCUUUUACCUUGUACUAACGUUACAGUACAGACAGUGAUUUGGUCGCUGGUUUUGAGAACUCAUGGUCCUGGAUCAGAGAUUUCACCCACUACAGCUCCCCGGAUUCUCUCAUUGCCUCAAAUCCCCAAAGCAGACUUGUGUGAGGAAGACUACGGGACACAUUUCUAUAUAGGUGUAUCUGGAUUGGACAGCCUUAUUGCUUGUUUUCAGCGAUAUUGUCUUCAUAUGUGAAUUCCUCACAGUUUUUUAAACGUAUUUUGUUGGCAAAUGCUCUUGCAAUGUUUUCCAGUUUCUUUUUUAGUUUUUUUUUUUUUUUUAAUAUAUAUUUUUUUUGAGGCAGGAAGACUAGCUUAAUGCUAUUUAAAGAGAGGCCUCAGUACCAUUGCACGCAGGGUGCCAUUGUUAAAGAUGAUUAUUUUUUUGAAUGGUAUUAUCUUGGUUUUGCCAAAUAAAACUUGGCAUAUCUAAUGUAUAUUUUUCUUUCCAAAAUGAAAACUAGAAAGUGUUUGUAAAUAAAUACAUAAACGUUAUCACA